UCAAAACAUUUCUCUGUCAUCUGUCAUCUAACCAUGGAAUUACGUGGUUUAACAUUAUUAGCGCUCUCUAAAAAUUUUAGCAAUACACGAUGCAAUCUAAAUUCUUCCCAGUGAUUGACUCACAGAUUUUAUCACUCUGCUGUAGAUAUUUAGUUCAGUGCCAUGUUAUUCUUAGGUAGGGCGCCGAAGUGCGAAGAAAUGAAGUGUAGUGAUACGAAAUUUUUACACACAAAAAUGAUUUUAGAAAGGUUUAGAACGGUGUUGAUAUUGUCUAGUGUGGUGUGUACGUUGGCUGCGGUUGUCUCUUUGCACAAGUUGCUUAAUUAUGAGGUAAAAUUUUCUAAGCCGUUCUUUCCAAUACCUAUUGGGUUGUAUGGAAAUUACCUGGAGAAGGUUUCCGAGGAUACGCCGCUGCCGUCGGCCAAGUCCAAGGACACCGUGCGAGAUGCAGAAGCUGUGGUGUCAUUAGCAGCUGCUCUAGAGAUGAAGAAACAUGGAAAGGCUGACAAAGCUUUAAAACUCUUCCAACACGCGUUUGCACUGUCCCCUAAACACGCAGACGUUUUAAACCACUAUGGGGAAUUCUUAGAAGACACAAAGAAAGAUGUAGUCAGAGCCGACCAACUCUACACAUUAGCUUUAAGUAAUUAUCCAGACCAUACAGGGGCUCUGAUGAACAGGCAACGCACAGCCAGCAUAGUUGAAAACUUAGACAGAGAAAUGUUAAGGAAAAUAGACGAAAAACGAGAUGCACUGUCAUCCAUACCAGAGAACAACUCUGCUUUGCGGAGAGCUAAGAAAGAGGCUUAUUUCCAACACAUUUACCACACGGUUGGUAUUGAAGGGAACACAAUGACAUUACAGCAAACAAGGAGUAUAUUGGAGACUAGAAUAGCUGUUUCUGGCAAAAGCAUAGAUGAGCAUAAUGAGAUUUUAGGUUUAGAUGCGGCUAUGAAGUAUAUUAAUUCAACAUUGCUGUACCGUUUGAGGGAUAUCACUAUGGGGGAUAUAUUGGAGAUCCAUAAGAGGGUUUUGGGGCAUGUGGACCCAGUAGAAGGAGGGCAGUUCAGGCGAACACAGGUUUAUGUCGGGGGACACAUCCCGCCUGGGCCCUCUGAGAUACAGAGGCUGAUGCAGCAGUUUUUGGAAUGGCUGAACUCUGAAGAUGCAUUAGACUUACAUCCAGUGAGAUACGCAGCACUAGCGCACUACAAACUAGUCCACAUCCACCCCUUCAUCGACGGCAACGGACGCACGUCGCGGCUCCUCAUGAACCUGCUGCUCAUGCAGGCCGGCUUUCCGCCUGUGAUCAUACCCAAGCAGCACCGGCAUCUGUACUACCAGCACCUGCAGACGGCCAACGAGGGCGACGUGAGGCCGUUCGUCAGAUUCAUAGCGCAAUGCACGGAGCGCACGCUGAACCUGUACCUGUGGGCGACGAGCGAGUUCUCGCAUAUGGUGCCGGCCAUCGGUGACCCCCACAUUCUGGCAGGAGAGCUCGAGAUGGAAGACCCGCUGUGAUACACUUAUAUUUACUUUCUGAGCAUAAAUAGGAGUAAGUUGGAUACUUCCCACCACUUUGGAUUUUUGACAAAUAGAAUUUUAUUGUUUUAUUGACAAUGGGAAGUGGCCAAUCGCGUGAAAUCUUUAGUAGGGCAAACAGAACUUGAAGGCUGCAACUAUAGCCAUUAUAGACGUGUAUAUAUGGGAAGAAAACUUACAAGGCAAGUACCGACUGUUAACUUAUUUUCAGUUAAAAUUUAACAUAGGUACUUACUCAGUGGUUUUCUACUUCUGAAUAUGAUCGCGUAAGUUUGUUAUGAACCUAUUUCUUAGGUUUGGUUGUAUUUUGAUUGUGUGGUGUGCUUGUUAUGUGAAAAGUGCCCUAUCUGAUGUAGAUACGUUUGACUAGGUAAAUCUAGACGUUAUUGGGGACUCAUAAAAAAGAAGUCCUCAAAAGUUGAUACACUGAUUAAAAACCAAUUCAGUAAUAAAUAAAUCUGGUACAAUUUUGUGUGAACUUCGCCGUUACCUAUUUAUGGCCCGGCCAUACAUUGUCGGUACCGACUUAGGCAGACAUUACUUAUCACAUUUUGUAAUAUGGCCCUUGUGUGAAGCUUAAAUUGGAACUUGCUUCAUAAUAAUUACUUUAUUUACAACCAUCACUACUUUGACUACUAAAUCACUUGUGUGACGCUUCCAAAACGGGCCUGCUGGCGGGUUCCACUGUGUUAGUUAAAUUCUUGUACAUUGUAAAUAUAAAAUACUUGUUAAAUUUGUGAAUGACACAGCAUUUAGGUAGGUAAGUUAAGUAUUUUUUUUUUGUAUUUAUCGUAUUUUAGUAAAUAGAUUAUUUAACGCACAGUAUUUUGAGGUUGCUCAAGGUAGCGUGAUUUAAAAUUAUAAUUAGUAAUAUUGUUUUCUUUUAUUUCAUGGUCAGUUACUUUUUAGACAAUUACGUAGAGUUGUGAUGCUUGUACCUAUAGUCUAAAACUCGAUUGGAUCACUUUUAGUAUAUACCUACCUAGCUAUUAUCUAUACACUUAUAAUUUAAUUUCCAAUCAUGCAUGUAACAUUCUCUACCUAUUCUAAAAACUUUUGAUAUCUAGGGGUUAAGAGAGCAAGAGCAAAUCAUUUUAAACGAUAUGUUUACAUUAUUAAAAUUUAGACAUUGCUGGAGUUAAACUCAAAAUCAGGAUCUGAAUAAGGGCAAUGCGGCCAAAUCUGUCUACGGCCAACUCUGGCUGUUAGUAGGUGCAUGAGCGAUUUUUUUAAACAUUAAUACAAGACAGUGAUUGCUUUUAGCUUCAGCAAUCAAAAGUGUGCUCUAUUGCCUACGGUUGUAAAGUACAUAUACCUAAGAAAAAUUACGUUCGUGUACAGAAUUACGGACGUAAUUUCACAGACGGAAUUGGCCGCAUUGACGUUACGCUUCUUACGUGACGCAUAAUAUACUACAUAGAAACAUAUUAAUUGUCCUGUAACAUUGGUAAGUUAGUUUUAAUUUAACCAAAGAAUUUAUUUUAUGUGAUUAGGUAUAACACAUCACGACUAUUCUAGUGCGACCUUUUUUUCUGUGAUACUGUUCAUAUAUUUAUUGGGUUCCCUAUGUAUUCCCAUUAUUUAUCAAUUGUGCGAUGUUUUUUUAUGGAUAAAAUAUAUUAGGCCUUAUUGAACAGUUAGCAAAACUAGUCUGCAAAGCUUCGCACUAUUGCAUAGAAAUUUGUAUAAAGGGGUGAAACAACUUUUUAGAGAGAGAUUAAUUAUCCAUGAGAAUAAGAACUCUUAAAUGCUGAUUUAUCAGAUUAAAUUUGCCAAACAUGCAUUUGUGCUAAGUAUAAAUAAGCCAUUUGCCUAACAGGUCAUCUAAGCAUGUUAGCGGAACGUGAUACAUUUCCUAACAAACUGUAUCACUAUUGUCCCUUGGACAAUAAACAAGUUGAUCCAUCCAUAGGUAGAUAUCACUAAUAGUUUUGCUGACUGUACGUACGGCUUCAGAAUGUGGUCUCAUUUUUGUAAUGACACUAUGACUUAAAUCAUAAGGACUAGCACUGUUGUACUUGCUUCGUAUUGAAAUGGAUAUCCAUUCUUAACAGUAUCUUUGUAACAUUAUCAAACUGCACAACGGGACUUAAUCGCGUAUUUAAGUUUUAAGAUUUACCUCCGACGUUUCGAGUUUGAUAAUGUUUAAUAAUCGUGAAAGUUUAAAUCAGUAUCUUUGUAAGUUUCGUAAAAUAUGCUGAUACAUUUAUUCGUUACAGGAUUAAUAGCAAUCUAGUGGUGCUAUCCCUUCUGAUACUUUAUGCGCUUGUUUGGUGUUAUUUUUCCAUGACGUUAUCAUUUUCGGCAUUUCCCAGGUCUUCCUAUUCAUUAUGAAUGUUAUUUAACCCUUUAUAAGGCAGAGGCGAUAUAUCGACCACAUACGCUCAAUCAGAAAUUCAACCAUACUGUUUUAAUAAUAGGGCUCAAAAUCGUUUGCAUUAAUUGAAUAUUCAACUUGCUUUUAAAAUAGAUUUUUGAAAUGUAGGCUUCUGAUAGCUGCAACAAAUUCUGCGAUAGCACGUCCCUGUCAACGGGCCUUAUAAAGGGUUAAAGCAUUUUCAUGAUACCAGUACAAAUUACUAA